GUCGUGUAUUUACAUAGAAUCAGGAAGUGUAGAAUGAUUUCCCGGCGAUAGAUCCGUAUGCCAUUACAGGUGUAUAAAUAACGAUGUAAUGGUUCAGACGCUCAUAAAGGAAACAUGGAAUAUUGUUUUCUACGCGGUCUCCUUUUCAUCGCCCUGAUGAAUUGGACAUUAGGAGACGAUGGACAGGUGACGUUUGUAUCAGAGCUUUCGUCCAAACCAGCUCAGAAGUUGUCGAGGUAUGGUUGGUACGGCAACGUGAGGCUGCAGAGGUUUCAUAUACCAGAGGAAACUGCUGUCGCUCGCUGGCUGUUCACUGUCACCAAGGGCCACAACUUCCACUGUGGACAGCACAACGUCAGCAUCCAUAUUCGAUGGGGUGCCCCUCCAGUUAUAAACCCAAUAGGGUCGGUGUUUCCCAAUGCAACAAUAUGGAGCCCCUGUCUGUCUCUGAUCCAACCGGUGACAUCACACAGCUCCACAACCUUUAACCUCUCCAAUCCUGCUCCCGGUGAUUGGUACGUUGCUGCCCACUUGCCUGAAGAUGAUGGGCGCAUAGAGCAGAAGGGCUUUCCGUCCUGCUCCUACUUCUUCCAGCCUCAGCUAUCGAUCAGGAGAGCAGUGGAUACACCCAUUUUACAGCAGGGGACAUUCCUCCAACAGACCGCAGCCCCUGACAGACCUGCACGCCUGAAAUUGUAUGUUCCAGAGUUUGCCUCUUCUCUCUCCGUCUCUGUGGCUGAUUGCUCGUCAGGGGAGGGAAUAGACAGUGGAAACUGUUCACUGGUCCUCAGGCUCGGCUCCACCUCUCUGCAGCAUGGCCCAGUAACGGUGAACUGCUCAUGGAUUGGCUGCUCUGCAGCUCUUUUUAACCCACCUUGGGACACCUGGUUACGAGUUGUCGUGGAGAGCAGCCAAGACAACCGUACUGUGACCUUUAGUAUCGUCUCAAACUACACAGUGGGAUGUAAACCAAAAAGUGUAGGCCUUAAAGCAGAUGAUGACAUCAACGAGCUCCGUGGCAACAGCAGCUAUACCAACUCAACAUCAGCAGGCAACAACUCAGUGGUUACAGACGCAGUCGCCUUUAGCAACGAAUCAGCAUCACUGUUGGCGUUGGCGUGUGUGUGGAGCGUCCCUGUGCUGUACGACGAGGUGGAUGUUCUGUCGCUCCGAUUCACUCCUGCCAAUGGACCCAACGUCAGCGUUACAAAUACACACCCCACACUGCUCACUUACCCCCUGCAAACGCAAGCCACUGGUGGUACACUCAACCUACAGCUCACUCUCAACACUACUAAUGUAACCCUGGGGAACAGCAGCAGUGUGAUGGCCUGUCUCUCUCCCUGGGCUCCAGUCCUCGAACUCAACCACUCUCAACCCUGUCGCACAGCUCUGUUUGGAGGAUAUGGUGUUCGUGUGAAUGCCAGUGUUCCUAAAGCUGUCGUCAGGCUGCCUUUCCCUCAGUCAACAACAUGGUACCUCACUCUGCAGCUCACAUGCAACAGCAGUGACUGUGGUAAUAUGUCAGUGGUGUCUGUGGUCCCAGAGGUGUUUAUCAGUGCCUGUGUAGAGGACUGUGGGACAUAUGGUGAAUGUAGACUAUUGAGAUCCUACAGCUACCUCUACGCUGCCUGUGUCUGCAAGGCUGGCUGGAGCGGUUGGGGCUGCACUGAUGAUUCGACAGCUCAGUCGUACCGGCGCCAGUUGACGGCAACUCUGCUGCUCACGCUCAGUAACCUGUCCUUCCUUCCUGCCAUGGUGGUGGCCAUCAAACGCUGCUACAUCACCGAGGCCUCCGUCUACCUCUUCACAAUGUUCUUCUCCACGUUCUACCAUGCAUGUGACCAGCCAGGUGUAGCCGUACUGUGUAUAAUGGACUACGAUACCCUACAAUACUGUGACUUCCUGGGGUCAGUCUGUGCCAUCUGGGUCACCAUCCUGUGCAUGGCUCGCAUCAGAGACACAUUCAAAUAUACUCUGUUUAUGCUCGGGGCUCUGCUGAUAGCCAUGUCAAUGCAGCUGGACCGCAAAGGUCUGUGGAACCUGCUGGGCCCCGUCCUCUGUGCCAUACUGUUCAUGGUCAUUGCCUGGGUGUACCGAGGGGUGCGGCGACGACACUGUUACCCGCCUUCUUGGAAACGCUGGGUCCUCUACCUGAUCCCCGGGGCAAUCUGUGCCCUGAUCGUAUGUUUGUACAUUUUUGCCGAGACGGAGGACAACUACUACUACACACACUCGCUGUGGCACAUCCUGGUGGCCAGCUGCGUGGUCUUCCUGCUGCCGCCGAAGGAGAAGAACAGGGAGGCGUUGGGCUGGAGCAGGGGUUGGAGCUGGAACUGGAACUGGAGCUGGAGACCCCGGGUUUGUGGGUACACGCUCUGUCAGAGCAGCAAGGAUGAACUCUACACUGUCACAUAGUAGGACAAGUGAUGCUGUAAGGAAGCAAAGUGGCUAGGCAUUGAUUGUUAAACAGCACUCCAAACAUUCACGCAAGGUAAACGACACACGACAAAAUCUUACAAUAUUUUUAAGACUCAGAGUUUCUUAAUAUCUUGAAUAAAGAAUUUUAAAAUCAAAUCUUCCAUGUUCACAUUUACAGAAGGUAAAAUUAGCUUAAAAGAUUUGCGUGCAGACAUCCUGAAAAACAUACACACACACACACACACAAACACCCCAUUUAACCCAAAUCCAACCUGCUGAAACGUCCAAGGUGGUCCAUUGCACCAGUUUAGGGGUGAACAUCAAAACCUUCAGGUAGCACACCACCUGACCUUUGACCUCAUGACCAGGAGUUUGUACAUAUUGUGUAUGUACUUAUUUUACUAGGCUAGGAAAUUCAUGUGAUAUAUUUAUAAGGGAUAGCACUUUGUGGAACUCUUUUAAAUCUUUAUAUUCAGCCUAUCAUGGACUGAUAAAGUAUACUAUAUUUAUAGGUGACGUAAAGAAUCAUCAUUCUUGUAUCCAUCUGUAUUUUCAUUUAUCCCACAGGCCUGGGCAAAUUUGAAAAUUGUUUCAAUUUUUUGAUCCAUUUCAGAUGUUUGAUUAUCAAUUAGCAGGGAGUUUUAACAACCUUUAAAAUAGUUUGGCAAAACAAUAACUCAAGGUCCACUUUCUAGCUUUGUUCUUUCAACCAUAUAACAUGGUCUUCAUCAGCAGAAGAAAAUAGCUUUUUAUCUUCAAAAUGUACCAUUGCAGAACACUACUAAAAGUACAAACAAAAACAUCCAAUAGAAAUGACUUUCUGCUUGCCACAUGUAUCAUGCCUUACCAUAAUGUCAACUUCAUCUUCUUAACUUUCUUCCAUGUUUCUGUGCAACACAUUCUCAGCCAGUAGCCAACUGUAAUUCAGGGACUUUUAAUCAAGUGCACACGAGGUGGAACAAUUAAACAGGUGGAAAAAUGUAGUGUAGUAGUUUGGGAUACAUGGUGCCUCCUCAUUCCUUUUAUCUUUAAAUACUGUACAUGUCAGGAGGUUAUGUUCAUGUACAGAUUUACAUGCAGCUUGUAGUGAAACUGAAUGACUCAGUGUCCUUUCUUUUCUUGUCUAUUCUCCGCUGUCUUCUCAUCUCUGUUUAUCUCCUCUAAAACCUUACCAGUCUGUACUUUUUUACCAGCAUUCAUUCCAAAGCACUUUUAUGAUUAAAAAGCUGAUACCACUAUGUAAUGUACAUAGCCCAUAAGUGUAUGAAUGGGCACUUUAUGAAUGUAUAUAUAUAUUACUGUGUCCAGUACCUCCUCUUGCCUGUAUCUUUCUGUGAAUGAGUGCAAUGUAUGUACUGUAUGAGUGUGUAUGUAUGUGUAUGUGUGUGUAUGUGUGUGUGUAAAUGUGUGUUUUGUCUUUGGCACCACAUAAGCUACUGAACACGUUCCAUACUUUUUUUUUAAUGUGUUGUUUAUUUUGAAGUGUACCAUACUGUGAUGAUUUUUCUCAUUGUGAUUUUGCACAGGUUCAAAUAGAACUUUCUGUCACACUCGCAGAGUCUUCCUUUCAUCGUUGAAAUUGUUUUUUCUUGUGUGUAAGAGUGUGAGGAGUAUGAAAAGGCAUUCUUCCACUACAACAUAUUGUAGCUCUCAUUGCGUGUAAGGGUGAAGAAAUGUAGUGUUCCAUGUAAAACAUGAUUAUACUCCCUUGUACUGGACAGCUACUUUUCACUCUGUUAAAAAUCCAAACAGCAUUUAGCCUACCAAAAAUAAAUCUCUUGUAUAAAGAGAAAUGUUUCAUAAAUUAUA